AUGGAUUCUCCUAGUUCUUCAUCCAUGAUGAAUUUUUACUACAACGAGUUUUUUGCGGAUGGCGAUAGUUCGACCGAUGAGGAGCUUGAGCAAGAGGCGGUUACGAGUGCAUGUCAACUAGCGGUUCAUUAUGUCAACCAUUCUCGUCGGCCCGAAGCCCCAAAAAAUAAAAGAAGCUAUGUUGAACGAGACCGACGCGCGGCACACGAGCGUUUGAUGAAAGACUAUUUUGACGAGGCGCCGACAUUUUCAAACGAAGUUUUUAGGCGUCGUUUCCGGAUGAGUAAACGGUUGUUUCUACGCAUAAUCAACGACUUGGAAGCCAACUACGAUUAUUUUAAACAAAAACCGGAUGCGAGAGGGUACCUUGGAUUCACCGGUAUCCAAAAGUGUACGUCGGCAUUACGAAUCCUUGCUUAUGGUAACACCACCGACAUCAACGACGAGUAUAAUUGA